AAUACGUAUUUUACUUACACUGCAAUAAGCACUGUUACAGCAAUGUCUCUCUCCUUUCUCCCUCCGAUCCAUCUCCAUUUCUGAUACGAACAAGAAUCCAAAACCCACGGAAAUCGAGGAAACAAGAACAAGAAUCUUCGAAAGAAACUCCAAAAACUUCACUGUUCUAUGCAUUGCUCUCUCUCAAUAACCCUAAGUUAUCUGCCUUUCCGCCUCUUCAACCUCUUUUCUGAAACUCUUCGACGAACCAUCGUUGUCAAUGGCGGCCUCGGGCCACCGGAAAGUAGUUUCCCGCCGGGAUAAUCGAGGGUCCCGCCGGUCUUGGUGUUGUUCCUUCGGUAUUCCUCCCGAGAGCCCCGAAAAUCUGAGCUGUGCCCGCUCCAAAACGACUCAGAAAUCUGAGAUCCUUUCGAAAUCUGGUAAUUCUUUUCCGAGUUCUCCUCUGAGCAGCAGAACUGGGUUAGUGAUAGUCGGGCUCAUCGAUCGUCGGCGUAUCUUGUCCCCCGGACGGGUUUCUCCGAUUGACUCGGACGCUGCGCCCGAUCCUGUUCGGGAUAUUGUACCGGACACUUCGUCUGUUAACGAUGGUGGAGCUCCAUUGGAAUCGGAGACUUUCCAUUCGACUGAAGAGAAGUUGCUAACACCGGAGGGACCGGAAAUUUAUCAGGCACCUUCCCUUAAUCGUUCUUUGAGUACUGCGACGAGAGAACAGAGCUGUUCUCCGGUAUUUGAUGUAAGACUGAGCUUGAAGGGCAAGAACGAGGGCUGUUUGGUCUUGGAAUUGGACUCCGAGGUGUUAUCUGCGAAUAGCUCCGUCUUUGCAGAUUUGAUCUCAGAUUGUCGAAGGAAUUCGGGCGGCGGUUCGGCUGCAAAACUCUGCAGGAUUGAGGUUCCUGAUGUUGAGAACUUGAGUGUCUAUCGUGAGACAAUUGAGCUCAUGUUUCUGGAAGAUAUCACGAGGCGUCUGUUAAAGAUGGGGGUCUCCCGUGCGAUUGAUGUGCUCGAGGUCUCAGCAGGCAUCACGUUUACAAAAGGCAUUUUAUCUUGUUUGAAAUACAUUGAGGCUGUUCCUUGGAGUGAGGAUGACGAAGAGAAGCUUAAGAAGUUGUUUACAAAAUUUGCUUUUAACAAUGCAACAGCUAGAGAAGUAUUGGGCCGGCUGCACUCACUAGAUCAAGUUGAUUCCCAGCAACAUUUGGCGAUGCAACUCAUUUGGUCAAUCACCAGUGGUGCUGAUGCUAGUGCAAGGAAUGAGCUCAAGUCCUUGGUCACGGGCCUUUUGUCCAAGAGCUCAGUAUAUGAGAAGGGUGCUAUAAGUCUAAACAAGGAGGAUCUCUAUGUCGUUUGUCAAAAUUGUCUGAGUUCACUGGUUAGACUAUUUGGGGAAACAUCUGACUCUGCUAGGGAGAAGUCAGGAAAAGAAGAGAAUGGUAAGCCCUUGAUCGAGCAAAUCUCAAGGCAAGUUGACAACUUAAACUGGCUUCUAGAGAUUCUGCUGGAAAGGCAAAUGGCAGAAGACUUUGUUGAUAUGUGGGCAGAUCAAGGAGACUUGCUAAGGAUCCAUGAGCUGGUGUCUCCAAUGAUCAGGUAUGAGCUCAGCCGAGUUUCAGCAUACAUAUUCAUUGCCCUUGGGAGAGGGAAGCUGCACUGCCGAUUGGAGGCCAGAUCGCAGGUCCUCCAAGCAUGGUUUGGCCCUAUGCUGGUAGACUUUGGUUGGCUGCAGAGGUGCAGAAAAGGGCUAGAAAUAAAGACGUUGGAGGAAGCCAUGGGCCAAGCACUCCUUACGCUCCCACUGAAGCAACAGCAUUGGCUGUUCAUGGAAUGGUUCCGAUGUUUCUCCAGGAAUGGCACCGAGUGUCCUAAUCUUGGCAAAGCCUUUCAAAUCUGGUGGCGCAGGUGCUUCUUGAGGGCCCCUGAAAUUCGCACCGUAGAAUCACGGUAGCCAUUGGCGUUUCACCUUCUUUCAUUUGUAUUAUCAUCGUCCGUAAAUGUAGAAUUGUAGAUCACCUAUGUAGAUUAGUGAUUCAGUGUUUUAACAAGCAGUCAAUUGCUAUUAACAAUUCAUUGAUGCAAACUGUCAUUUGCUUCAACAACAAUUCAGCAAUAUUAAUAUAUAGAGGCUAAGAAGGCAUCCAUGUGCAUA